AUGGAUGGGCCAGAAAAGCCCCCGGGCGCAAGCUCUUACGAAAUGCAACUAGACACUGAAAGCGCUAGGACGAUCACGGGCGACGAAACUCCCCGCAUGGAGACCCCCAGUCCCAAAGGAAAUGACUGGAGCAUGAUGACCAAGCUCCAGGAGGAUCACAAUCGCGACAUGGCUGCUGGAUUCAGAAGACAGGAACUUGGUAUCACUUGGAAGGAUCUCUCCGUGCAGGUAAUAAGCUCGGAGGCCGCCGUGAAUGAGACUGUUCUUUCCCAGUUCGAUAUUCCCACCAAAAUCAAGGAGAGCCGACGAAAGCUCCCUCUCCGAACAAUUCUCAACAAGAGUCAUGGCUGCGUGAAGCCCGGUGAAAUGUUGCUUGUGCUGGGCCGCCCCGGCUCUGGCUGCACGACAUUGUUGAAAAUGCUUUCUAACCGACGAGGAGGAUACAAAUCAGUGGAGGGCGAUGUUCGCUUUGGAUCCAUGACGCCCGAGGAGGCUAAAUUGUUCCGAGGCCAGAUUGUGAUGAACACUGAAGAAGAGAUCUUUUUCCCGACCCUCACAGUUGGUCAAACCAUGGACUUUGCCACGCGCCUGAAAGUACCCUUUCAUCUGCCAGAUGGUAUGACUGCCUCGGAAUACCAGCAAGCCACGAAAAAGUUCCUCCUCGAAUCCGUUGGAAUCUCUCACACUGAGGAUACUAAGGUCGGCAAUGAGUACGUUCGUGGAGUCAGCGGUGGUGAACGCAAGCGAGUUUCAAUCAUCGAAUGCAUGGCUAGCCGAGGAUCCGUCUACUGCUGGGAUCAAUCGACUCGUGGCCUCGACGCCUCUACUGCCCUUGAAUGGACGAAGGCUAUCCGCGCCAUGACUGACACACUCAAUCUGUCGACCGUGGUCAGUCUUUACCAGGCUGGUAACGGCAUUUACAAUCUGUUCGACAAGGUCCUCGUGCUUGAUGAAGGAGAGCAGAUCUUCUACGGUACUAGAGAGCAAGCCAGGCCAUUCAUGGAGGAAGCCGGAUUCAUUUGCCGCGAAGGUUCAAACGUCGCCGAUUACCUCACCGGUGUUACUGUACCCACCGAGCGCAGAAUUCGAGAUGGGUUCGAGAACCGCUUCCCGCGCAACGCCGAGGCCCUGAGAGCUGCAUAUGAACAAUCGACAAUAUAUUCCCAAAUGGUAACAGAUUAUUCUUACCCGGAUUCCGAGAUCGCCCGCGAGCGGACUGAGGAGUUCAAGCAAGGUGUACUAUAUGAAACUUCCAAAAAGCUACCCAAGAACAGCUCCUUCACAGUUGGCUUCAUUGAUCAGGUCAAGAUCUGUGUGCAGCGCCAGUACCAAAUUCUUUGGGGUGACAAAGCUACGUUUAUCAUCAAGCAGGUGGCAACACUUAUCCAGGCCCUAAUUGCCGGCUCCCUGUUUUAUGAUGCCCCCAAUAACUCUGGUGGACUUUUCAUCAAGUCCGGUGCCGUUUUCUUCUCCCUUCUCUACAACAGCUUGCUCGCCAUGAGUGAAGUGACCGAGUCUUUCUCUGGAAGACCUGUGUUGAUCAAGCACAAGGGCUUCGCUUAUUUCCACCCGGCCGCUUUCUGUCUUGCCCAGAUCGCGGCGGACAUUCCUGUAUUGCUUUUCCAAAUUUCUGUGUUUGGUCUGGUUCUCUACUUCAUGGUUGGACUCACAAUGACCGCCGGCGCAUUCUUCUCCUGGUGGAUUAUCGCGUUCACAACCACAAUGACUAUGACUGCACUUUUCCGAGCUGUGGGCGCUGCCUUCUCUACCUUCGAUGGCGCCUCCAAGGUGUCGGGGUUUCUCAUCAUGUGCACCGUUCUUUACACCGGAUAUCAGAUCCCAAAGCCUCAAAUGCACCCCUGGCUCGGGUGGAUCUUCUGGCUCGAUCCGCUUGCCUACGGGUUUGAGGCUAUGCUGAGCAUUGAAUUCCAUGAUAAGACUCACAUUCCAUGCGUCGGCACCAACCUCAUACCCAACGGCCCCGGAUAUGAGGAUGUCGCAGCGCACCAAGCGUGCGCUGGUGUGCCUGGUGCGAUUCCAGGCCAGAACUUCGUGGUCGGUGAAAACUAUCUAGCAUCGCUUUCGUACAGUUACUCGCAUGUUUGGCGCAACAUGGGUAUCAAUUGGGCCUGGUGGGUUUUGUUUGUUUUCAUCACGAUCGUCGCAACUACAAGGUGGAAGACAGCGUCUGAGGCGGGUAGCACUCUGGUCAUCCCUCGUGAAUACUUGCACAAGCAUGUCCAAAAUCAACAGAAGGACGAGGAAGGCCAGAGUUCAGAGAAGAAGGUUUCCCAAACCAAGGAUGAGAGCCCAAAGCUCGACAACCAGUUGGUCCGCAACACCUCGGUCUUCACAUGGAAAAACCUUUCAUACACAGUGAAAACACCCACUGGUGACCGCCUCCUCCUUGACAAUGUCCACGGAUGGGUGAAACCUGGUAUGCUCGGGGCUCUUAUGGGCUCGUCUGGCGCCGGCAAGACCACCCUGCUUGAUGUUCUCGCUCAGCGCAAAACCGAAGGAACUAUUCAUGGCUCUAUCAUGGUUGACGGACGUCCAUUGCCAGUCUCAUUCCAGCGUUCAGCCGGCUAUGUUGAACAGCUGGACAUCCAUGAACGCAUGGCCACGGUUCGGGAAUCAUUGGAAUUCUCUGCGCUUUUGCGCCAACCUGCUACCGUUCCUCGCGAAGAGAAACUUGCUUAUGUGGAUGUUAUCAUUGACUUGCUCGAGCUCCAUGAUCUGGCUGAUACCAUGAUUGGUAGUGUGGGAGCUGGAUUGAGUGUCGAACAACGCAAGCGUGUCACUAUCGGAGUUGAACUUGUUUCUAAGCCUAGCAUUUUGAUUUUCCUCGACGAGCCUACCAGUGGUCUUGAUGGCCAGAGCGCGUACAACACCGUCAGAUUCCUUCGCAGACUUGCAGAUGCUGGCCAGGCUGUCCUGGUCACUGUUCAUCAGCCAUCUGCCCAACUUUUCGCCGAGUUCGAUCAGCUUCUUCUUUUGGCCAAGGGAGGCAAGACUGUUUAUUUCGGUCCUAUUGGAGAAAAUUCGAAGAGCAUCAAGAACUACUUCUCACGUUACGGAGCGCCAUGCUCGCCUGAUACUAACCCUGCUGAGCACAUGAUCGACGUCGUUUCGGGCCAACUGAGUCAGGGUAAAGAUUGGAACAAGGUCUGGCUGGAAUCACCUGAACACGGUUCCAUGCUCAAGGAGCUUGAUGAGAUCAUUGAGACCGCCGCAUCAAAGCCGGCAGCUAUCACCGAUGAUGGUCGGGAGUUUGCUACCACCCUUUGGGAGCAGACUGUACUAGUUUCGAAACGUACCUCGACCGCCUUGUUCCGAAACUGCGACUACAUCGAUAACAAAUUUGCCCUUCACAUCUCAUCCGGCUUGUUUAUAGGCUUUAGUUUCUGGAAGAUUGGUGACGCUGUCACCGAUCUUCAGACUGUGUUGUUCUUCAUCUUUAACGCCAUCUUUGUCGCUCCCGGUGUGAUCAAUCAACUGCAGCCGACCUUCCUUGAGCGUCGUGAUCUGUUUGAGGCACGCGAGAAGAAGGCCAAAAUGUACUCCUGGAAAGCGUUCACUAUUGCCUUGAUUGUCUCGGAGUUCCCAUAUCUAGUUGUCUGUGCCGCCCUCUUCUUCAACUGCUGGUACUGGCUUGGUGGUAUGCCAGUUGAUUCUAGCAAGAGCGGUAGCAUGUUUUUCGUGUUCCUUCUCUAUGAGUUCCUUUACACCGGCAUUGGUCAAUUCAUCGCUGCAUACGCACCGAACGCUGCCAUGGCUUCUAUGAUGAACCCUCUCGUACUAGGAAUCAUGAUUUCUUUCUGCGGUGUCUUGGUCCCCUAUGCUCAAAUUCUCAGCUUCUGGCGAUACUGGAUCUACUGGCUCAACCCUUUCAACUACCUCAUGGGCAGCAUGUUGGUCUUUGGAGAGUUCGAUCGCGAAGUCCAUUGCAAGGAGCAAGAAUUCGCCAAGUUCGAUGCACCAAAUGGACUCACUUGCGGUGAAUACCUGAACGACUUCAUGCAGGCCAUGGGCGCCCGUAUGAACCUCGUCAACCCCGAGGCGACCGAAUCAUGCCGCGUGUGUCAAUACACCCGUGGAUCCGAUUACCUUGUCACUGUCAACCUGAUGGACUACUACUAUGGCUGGAGAGACACGGGCAUUGUGGCCCUUUUUGUGGUCAGCUCAUAUGCGCUGGUGUUUGGCCUCAUGAAAUUGAGAACCAAGGCUUCCAAGAAGGCCGACUGA